AUGGCAUCCUUCAAGGACCCCAACAAGAUCGGCAACAAGCUGAAGAGGCAACAGCAGCACCUCAAAGUAAAGAAGCAGAAGGAGGGCGAAAAGCGGGACGAGCGGUUACGGCGACGGCGACAUGAAGACAAGAACCCACAUCUACGAGAGCAACGACGGUCGAAAAAUGUCCCAUCCACUAUCGAUAACAAGCGCACGUGGGACGAGGUCGACUCUGCAGACGAGGACAACACGCGACUUGGCUUCGCCGUGAAUAUCUUGGAUCCGAAGCGUAGAAAGGUCGAGAAGGACACUACAGAUGGCGCCGAAUUGACGAGUGAAAACGUCGAGGCUCUUGAGAAAGCGCAAGGAGAAGAAGAGGAGGAUGUCGGACAAGAGACGGAAGCUCAGGACGAAGAUCACGACAGUAUGCUGGACACAGAUGAUGAGGAUGAGGAUGAGGCAGAAGGCAGUGCCAAGGCAGAUCCGCCACAUCGUGCUCCCAGCGAGGCUCCUUCUGCAGCCCCUUCAGCGGCACCAUCUGUGGCGCCUUCAGCAGCGACUGAUCUCACUGUGCGGCCAGAAGCGCUCAAGGCGAGAUUUCCGCGUCUCUUCGAAGACGCUCAGCGAGAUCCGAAAGUCUUGGUCACAACUUCCAUCAACUCUACACUCCACCACGAAGCCGAGCUUCUCACAACAUUAUUCCCCAACAGCACGUACAUCAAGCGAACAGCGCAUUUCCAUGGCUAUAAAUACAGCGUAAGGGAGAUCGCUGCUUUUGCAGCGAAACCAGAACGAGGGUACACGCAUGUCGUCGUACUCAAUGAAGACCUCAAGACUCCAAAGGGACUGGAUAUCGUCCACCUACCCGAUGGUCCCAUGUUCCACUUCAGCAUAUCGAAUUGGGUGCCUGGCAGCAGAAUUCCAGGUCACGGCAAUCCCACCUCACAUUUCCCGGAGCUGAUCCUCAAUGGUUUCCGGACACCUCUUGGCCUUCUAGCAGCACAUCUGUUCAAAUCGCUCUUCCCACCUCGGCCUGAGCUGCAAGGUCGGCAAGUCAUCACCCUACACAACCAGAGAGACUACAUCUUCCUCCGAAAACACAGAUAUGUGUUUCGGGACAAGAGGCAAAGCGAAAAGAGCAUCCAAGGAGCAGACGGCAAGGCUAUGAAAGGGGUGGAGGAUAUCCGUGCAGGGCUCCAGGAGCUUGGUCCCCGCUUCACGCUGAAGCUGAGGAGGGUGGACAAGGGCAUCCAGCGUGCAAGUGGCCAAGAGUGGGAAUGGAAAGCGCAUGAUGAAAAGGUGCGGACGCGCUUCAGUCUGUAG